GUGCGUUCUCUAGAUUGAAGGCCAUUUCAGAAUAGAUCAAUGUUUUGCUAUUUGCCAACCUAGGGUGCUUUUAGCUGUGUGUUUUUGGUCAUUAGGUUUCAUCUCCCAUGAAGUCAAAUUCGCCCAAACGACAACAAAUGCUGUGAUCUGACACUGAUGUACCUUCACCUUGGAAUUAAUCUUUAAUUUAUUUGGAGGUUGUUUGGGGCUCUGUUGGUACCAUUUUUCAAUUCCUCAUCAGCUUUCAAAAAGACAGAGUAAUUGCAUUGACUAAGAUACAACAAUAGGUGUCACUAGUCCGCAGGCACAAAGGCGUUCACGUGACAUCUGGACCCGGAAGUGACACGGGCGGUGGACCAGCGUGCGCCAGGCGGCUAAAUGCGACCGAAAAUGUUCACCACGGAGGGAGAUACCCGUCGAUUGUCAAGAAUAAACAAGACAAAACGCUGACGUUUCUUGCCAUACAAGUACAAUGGGCAACAGAAGAAGGGCAGCAGCUUUCAGUCAUGCAACCCAAGCAGUGUCAGGAUCCACAGCAGAGACCAUCAAAACUGCCGGGAGGAAGCACAGCAUCUGCAUGGUCUCUGACUUCUUCUACCCGAACAUGGGAGGAGUGGAGAGUCACAUUUACCUCUUGUCCCAAUGUCUGAUCGAGAAGGGACACAAGGUGGUGGUAGUCACGCACGCCUACGGCCACAGGAAGGGCGUCAGGUACCUGACCAAUGGCCUUAAGGUCUACUACCUGCCUCUGCAGGUGAUGUACAACCAGUCCACCACCACCACCUUCUUCCACAGCAUGCCACUCCUGCGCUGUGUGUUUGUCAGGGAGCGCAUCACAGUGGUGCAUUCGCACAGCUCGUUCUCUGCUAUGGCUCACGAUGCUUUGUUCCAUGCAAAAACCAUGGGCCUGAACACGGUGUUCACUGACCACUCCCUCUUUGGCUUUGCUGAUGUGAGCUCCGUACUGACCAACAAGCUCUUGACGGUGUCACUGUGCGAUACCAACCACAUCGUGUGCGUUUCCUACACCAGCAAAGAGAACACUGUGCUGCGCGCCGCGCUUGAUCCAGAGAUCGUGUCCGUCAUUCCCAAUGCGGUCGAGCAUGGCGACUUCACGCCUGAUCCGUCUCAGCGCAACAACGACAGGAUCACCAUCGUCGUGAUCAGUCGCCUUGUCUACCGCAAAGGCAUUGAUCUUCUAAGUGGAAUCAUCCCAGAGCUCUGCCUCAAACAUCCAGAUCUGCAUUUCCUCAUUGGCGGAGAGGGGCCAAAGAGACUUGUGCUGGAGGAAGUGAGAGAGAAAUACCAGCUACAUGACAGGGUGCGCCUGUUGGGGUCUCUGGAGCACAAAGAUGUCAGAGGAGUUCUGGUGCAGGGUCACAUCUUCCUCAACACCUCACUCACUGAAGCUUUCUGCAUGGCCAUCGUGGAGGGAGCUAGUUGUGGAUUGCAGGUUGUCAGCACUCGUGUGGGUGGGAUUCCCGAGGUGCUACCCCAGGACUUGAUCACGCUUUGUGAGCCAACUGUGCAGUCGCUGUGUGCUGGGCUGGAAACGGUCAUAGCGCGGCAGCGUUCUGGCUCCGUCUCCACUCCCGCCACCGUUCACGCACGGGUGCGGAACCUGUACACCUGGAGAAAUGUUGCAGAGAGGACUGAAAAGGUGUAUGACAGAGUACGCGGCGAGGAGGUGCUUCCCCUCGAUCGACGCCUUCGGAGGCUACGGACUCACUGCGGCCCCGUGGCCGGCUCCAUCUUCGCCUUUGUGGCGGUUCUAGAUUUCCUCUUUCUGUUGUUCCUCCAGUGGUGGCUGCCUGAUAGGCUCAUGGACUUGGCCGUGGACGCUAGCGGUCCUCUCGGACUGUGGAGGCAAGAAGCAAGUGAGAGUAAAGGUAAAGCUCCGUCGAAAAGAAGCGGCAAGCAAGCAGCUUCAUCUCGCUUCUUCUCGGCUCUUGAUGAUGCCAUCGCGAGCUAAGAAACGUUCAACUUUAUUUACAUUAUUAGGAAGGGGCAUUUUUCAGGCUAUUUAUUUUGAGAGAUCUCCUGGGACGUGGCUAUAAUGUUUUGUUUUUAAAUUUUAUUUAUUAUUAUUUUUUGGUCUCUUUGUCUGAAAGGAAUGUGCAUGUUUUCACCAAACAUGCACGGUGUCACUGGCAAACACUUGAGAUGAAAAGUGAACCCCCCCAGAUGAAAAAGUAGGGUUUUCUCUCUUUUAAUGGGAGGUAGAUUUCAUCUCCUUUGUUCUGUACAAAAUAAAUGUAGACAUGUUCACACGACCGCAUUAUUAAGGGCAGGCAUUGCAAAGGCUGUUUUGGAAUAGCUGCGUCUGCAAUUCUUGUAAAAUAUAACAUACCUUUUAUAUAUUUAUAGUUCCAUGAGAUAAUAAUACUGUAUAUAUGAUAUUCAUUUCAGGCAUUCACUUUGAAAAGGGAGUGUGAGUUUCCAUUCAUUGCUACCUGCAGCUUUAAUUUUGCAUUUUCAUUUUUUUCCACGCUAAAAGGUUUCUGUUGAUUAGCAAAAGAAAUAUUGCUUUGUCAUAUCAUAUUUAAAAUCGUGCUAUUUUAUCAGAAAUCUAUCUGGUGACUUUCUGUGUUUCAAAAUGGCAAAACAUCUGUGAUUUUUUUCCCCUCCUCUUCACACUUAUCAGGAGAUAUGAUUUAAGUGAUUGUUGGAUUACGAGCGUUUUAUGAAUUGCACAAUAAAUAGGACUAUGGGGGACCUUGUAGUUUUUGAUAAAACGGUUACAAUGGGUUUUCAUAACCCCCCGCCAUAUGAUUUCAUGCAAAUGUUGAGUCACUUGCCGCUAAUCAAUUGUUCAUCAUCUUCUGGGUUAAAUAGCAUCUAUAUGCAUUUCAUCAUUUGUAAUGUUUUUUUUUUUUUUAAUAUUUAAAGCAAGGCCGAAAGCCUUUUGUUGUCAUUUUUUUCCCGCCGGGCUUUGCCCUAAGUAUACCUCACAUUGUGUCCUAUUUAUCAGAAUGAUCUUUUUCUCAGGACAGGUUAGUCGAGUUGAUCUGGUCAAAGACAACACCCCCACCCCCUCCCUUUCCAUUGUAUUCUUUUGCAAACAUCACACACAGAAGAUUAAAUGGCAGGCAAAAUAGGCCAUUGAAAUGCAUCUGCUAUCCAAGGCUAGGGGUGUUUGUUUGCAUACCGUUGUGAUGAGCACUUGAAACAAUACACCGCAGUGAUGCUUGGCUGGAAAAUGUGAAAUAAAAGUCUUUCACCGA